UUCGCGCCAAACAAAGCGUGUCUGUUUACUUGUUCACAUUCUCGGGUUUGUUUUGUCAUUAUUAUGUUGUUUAUUUUCUCUCAUAAGGGAGCAUCAGCUUUGCUAGACAUGGUUUUGUACUACGAAUCGGCUACACACCUCGACGUUUCUGCGAACUCAGGCAUGGGAUUCUCCGGUUGGCUUUCACUGUCCCAUCUUCUCAGACAGAGUGGAUGCCUGUGGAGGCUGGAUGCUUGCAACAUGCCCAUGGUGGACUACGCCGCGCAGGCCUUGUCAAAAGCCCUUCUCACUAGCAGGCUGACAGUGUUACACCUUGAAAACACCUGCCUGAGCGGCAAACCUCUCUUCACACUUGUCGGUGCUCUGAAAAGGAACGUGGCUUUGCAGGAGCUUUACCUCUCUGAAAACAACCUCAACGGCUAUCAGGACUCCAUGCAAGUUGCCGACCUGCUCAAAUUCAACAACACUCUUAAAACCUUGGACCUAAGCAACAAUGCCACAUCUGACUCAGGUUUGGAGGAGAUUUGCGAUGCUUUGAGCUUUCAGAAGACCGGUUUGAGAACGCUGAUACUGAGCAACAAUCACAUCACUCAUCUUGGCAUGAGCCAUCUACAGAACGUUCUGCCCCGGUUAAAAUCACUUGAAACGUUAAACCUUGGCAAAAACAACCUUGAGAACAGAGGCAUUCACAUGUUAAAGGAGUCCCUCAUGAUCAAUCGCUCUUUAUUGCAACUUGGCCUAGCUGCCACAGGAAUAACCUGUGAGGGUGCUGUGACUUUGGCUGAGAUUCUCGCAGAGAGUCCACAGAUCCAGCGUUUGGAUGUACGGCAGAACCAGGUGCUUGCUGGAGGCCUCAUGGCUCUAUCACUGGCCCUAAAGAUCAACCGUUCACUCAUCCGACUGGAUCUGGACCAACACCUGAAAGAGGAGAAGGAUGACUUCCUGAUGGAAACGCAGAAGACUCUGCUUAGCAGGAUCACCGAUCUGUGCGCAGCAAACGCAACGGCUGCCAAGGGCACGAGUCUCCAGCCUGCUCCUCCAGACCCACCGGACUGCACCGAGACCACCGAUGCGCUUCCCACCCAAAGUCUAGAAGACAUAUAAGCAUAAUAAUUCUACAGCAAAUAACGAUAACCAUAAAACUCCAAAUCCCAGUAAUAAAGCCGAAGCUUCUCUCCCUAAUGAAACAGUGGCCCUCCUGCUGUUUCCUGCCUAAUGUUCCCGCCGAGGCUUCCUCCACUUUCCAUAAAGCAAUUUUGCAAGCCCACUCCCAACGUGAAUCAUCUGGAAAGGAAGAGAAGCCUCUCCCUCCAUCUCUCCUCGUGUCCCCGGAGGGUGACGCUGACUAAAUCUGUGUUGAUACAGAGGUGUGCUCUAAAUCCUGUUUGCUCGGGCUCCAUCUCCCCUAAUAUUCACACUCGUGUAUGAGGCCCCUUCCCUGCCUGCGUCUGCUAAUGUGGCGUAUCGUCGUCUGGAUGACAAGAAGACAUCGGCGAGCGCCUCAAACUCCCUCACACGUAUCGUUUACUGCCGGCGCGGAGAAUCACAAUGUGUGGGAAGGAGAACAUAUGUUAAAUUUAAGAAGCUGGGAUUUACCUCUGCACGGGUCUUAGUUUACACGCGCUACUCGCCGCUAGCCGGCAACAAAGGACAGAUCGCCGUUACAGUGCGGAAGCAAUGGAAAAGGUGUUACAUCUGAAAAUAUAGGUGGAACUCGCAUCAUCUGCCGUUUGUCUUUAAAUUCAAUGCAAUUAAGAGCAUGUUUGUGAAAUGAUGAACAACCUUUCUGAGUUAAUAAAUGAGUUUGACGUUGGUA